UGUUCAGACUUUCGGUUCUCUUUUCUGUGAUCGUAUUACUUAUGCAAAACGAGCCCAGUCACUUGCGCGGCCAGAGAGGGGCAGGUGCUGGGCGGCGGCUGACGGGCGCAGCACCCUAGGCCCAGUGUCUGGCUCCAGCCCCGCAUCCGGCGCCGGCCCCGCAUCCGGCUCUGGCCCUGCGACAAUAGAGUCCGGAAGUGCAGGCAAAGCGGCUCCCGGGAGCGCCGCGCGGUCCUGCGCGGGAUCAGCGAGGGCCGCGCCGCGGCGGGCGGGCGGCAUGGCUGCAGUGCUGGCUCUCAGGGUGGUCGCGGGGUUGGCGGCCGCAGCGCUGGUGGCCAUGCUCUUGGAGCACUACGGCCUGGCGGGCCAGCCCUCGCCGCUGCCGCGCCCCGCGCCCCCCAGGAGGCCGCACCCCGCGCCAGGGCCUGGAGACAGCAACAUCUUCUGGGGCCUGCAGAUAUCCGACAUUCACCUGAGCAGGUUUCGAGAUCCAGGCAGAGCGGUAGACUUAGAGAAAUUCUGUUCUGAAACUAUUGACAUCAUUCAACCAGCUCUCGUCCUAGCAACAGGAGACCUGACAGAUGCCAAAACAAAGGAACAGUUGGGAUCCAGGCAGCAUGAGGUAGAAUGGCAAACCUACCAGGGUAUUCUGAAGAAGACAAGAGUCAUGGAAAAAACCAAGUGGCUGGAUAUCAAAGGAAAUCAUGAUGCAUUCAAUAUUCCAAGUCUGGACAGCAUCAAGAAUUAUUACAGGAAAUAUUCUGCUGUACGUAGAGAUGGCUCUUUCCAUUAUGUCCACAGUACUCCCUUUGGCAACUAUUCGUUCAUCUGUGUAGAUGCCACUGUAAAUCCAGGGCCUAAGAGACCCUAUAAUUUCUUUGGAAUUUUAGACAAGAAAAAGAUGGAGGAGCUCUUAUUACUGGCCAAGGAAAGCAGUCGGAGCAACCAUACAAUUUGGUUUGGACACUUUACAACAUCCACUAUUCUUUCUCCAUCACCAGGAAUCCGGUCAAUAAUGAGUUCGGCUAUAGCUUAUUUGUGUGGACAUCUCCAUACACUUGGUGGACUGAUGCCUGUUUUGCACACUCGUCACUUCCAGGGCACUUUGGAACUUGAGGUGGGAGACUGGAAGGAUAAUAGGAGGUACCGGAUUUUUGCUUUUGAUCAUGACCUCUUUAGCUUUGCAGAUUUGAUCUUUGGCAAGUGGCCUGUGGUUCUUAUCACCAAUCCUAAAUCACUCCUUUAUAGUUGUGGUGAACAUGAACCACUAGAAAGACUUCUUCACUCAACACACAUCAGGAGCUGCCAUACUGUUUUCCAUGGUGGCUGCACCAUUUUACAUUCCCACCAGCAGUGUAUCAGAGUCUUGGCCUUUUCCUUAUCCUCCAUUACUUCUGUCACAGUUAAGAUUGAUGGAGUUCAUUUAGGCCAGGCUGUUCACGUGUCUGGUCCCAUUUUCGUACUGAAGUGGAAUCCUAGAAACUACAGUAGUGGGACACAUAACAUAGAAGUAAUCGUCCAGGAUUCUGCUGGAAGAAGUAAGAGUGUUCACCACAUAUUUUCUGUUCAAGAGAAUAAUCAUCUCAGUUUUGAUCCCCUGGCAUCAUUUAUUCUCCGUACUGAUCACUACAUCAUGGCCCGGGUCCUUUUUGUGCUGAUUGUGCUGAGCCAGCUCACCAUUCUCAUUAUUUUUAGAUAUCGAGGAUACCCAGAGCUUAAAGAACCUUCAGGGUUUAUAAAUCUGACCUCAUUUUCUCUUCAUGUCUUGAGCAAAAUAAACAUCUUCUACUAUUCUGUGUUGUUGUUGACCCUGUAUACAGUGCUGGGUCCAUGGUUUUUUGGUGAAAUCAUUGAUGGCAAAUUUGGUUGCUGCUUUUCCUUUGGGAUAUUUGUUAAUGGACAUUUCCUACAAGGCAGCAUAACAUUUAUAAUUGGAAUUCUCCAGCUGGCGUUUUUUAACAUCCCCUUGAUGGCUUACAUGUGUUGGAGCUUGCUGCAGCGGUGCUUUGGUCACAACUUCAGGUCUCAUCUCCAUCAAAGAAAAUACUUGAAAAUUAUGCCUGUUCACCUACUUAUGCUACUGCUGUACAUCUGGCAGGUUUAUUCCUGCUACUUUCUUUAUGCAACAUACGGCACCCUAGCUUUUUUAUUCUCCCCUUUGCGGACCUGGUUGACACUGCUGACACCUGUUCUCAUUCGUUGUGUGUGGACACUGAACUCCACCAAGUUUGGAAUCUUCAUGGUGCAGUUAAAAAGCCAUCUGAGCUCCUGAAGGCCAUGUCUCACCACUGGCAGCUGGGCAGAAGCCCAGCCUCUGUGUCUGUAGCCCAGGCCUCUACCCCAGUAGCAGGUGGAGGGCCAGGAUUGGUGGGUGAGCUUUAGGGAGCAGCUGCUCUUUUGGAGUCCUGGAUGUUGGAGGGAUUACCCACUACUGAUACCUGCAGAAUGGACUGCAGAAAAGUCUCAAAAAUAAUGCCUUUAUUCCUUCCCUCCCUAAGGAGGCAAAGAGUUGAUUUACCUUUGUGAAGAGAAAACCCUUAUCUAGGACAUCCACAGGGUAGGGUUUGGGUGUGUGUACGGGAGUGUCUGAGGCCCAGUGUGUUUUUUAGGGUUACCCCAUGUAAAGCAGUUACCGCUGUGCUUGGAAUUCAGCAGCUGUCAAAGGUGCAAUUUCAGGGGCAGGGAACCUUUGAGGAUCUGGGCCCGACCCUGACUACCCCUGAGAUAUUAGUUCCCAGGCCUGUUUUCCCACAGGAUUGUGGGCUCUCUGCUUCCUUAGUCGGAAGUGUUUUCAACUAAUCAAAUAAAUGAAUGAAGGAUGAAUAAGAAA